AUGAAUAAAUUAUUAAGAAGAUUUCAUCCUAUUUCUAAAGAAUGGCAACAAAAUACAUGUGAAAAAAUUGGGUUAACAUUCCGUGACUUGGGUCUGUAUGAUGAGAUUUAUGACAACCAGAAUCUUGGGAAACCCUUGGAUUGCUUAAAGAUAAUAGGAGAUGGAAAUUGUUUAUUUCGGUGUUUCGCUUGUGCAAUUUGUGGUGACCAAGAAACACACAGUUAUUUUAGACAAAUUAUCACAUCUUUUAUUUCUGAGAGGAAGGAAGCAAUAUAUAACAAUGAGUAUCCAAGGGAGUACUUGGAAAGAAGUCGAAUGCGAGAACGUGGGGUUUGGGGAACAGAAAUAGAGCUACAUUACUCUGCCUUAUGUUUUAACAUUACCAUCUAUGUUUAUACCAAGUAUGGACCAAAACAUGAUUGGUUAGAGUUCAAACCUACAUCUCAGACUGAUGGCAAAGCCAUAUAUCUUUAUCAUAAGGAUGGCAACCACUAUGAUAUUGUAAGAUCCGUUUCUACACCUGAUGUUUUGUGUACACCGGGUUUUGAAGAAGAAACUGUGAUACUAACAGAAGAUUCUGACACACCAGAGGAUUCUUCUGUGAUCAACUUGUCUGAUUUCCUCAAGGGAAUGAGUUUUGAAGAUGAAAAUGGAAGUUCAAAUAUGAUAGAUGACAAUGCUUUAGAAACCUCUAAGACUGACCCAUUUGAGUUUGAAGAUGAGGAUUUCCUCUCCUACUCUCCAAUACCAAAAAAACAAACCUCAACACCAAAGAAAUCAAAGCUGAAACCUUUGAAAGUUGAAAUAGAAACUGGAAUCAUGGAUGUGUCAAGUGACAUUGGGCAAAUAUCUCAAAUAUGCAGUGACAUAAGUAUUUGCAACUCAAGUUUUGAGGAAGCACUUAAAAACAGUAAACCAAAGAAAUAUGCAUUAAAAAAAAACAAUAGUUUACUCCUCAGAAAAGCUCUGAGGGACGUACCACUAUCUAUGUCAAAAAGGAAAAGAUGUCGAAAUUAUUGCCUCCAACAUAUUAGUGAAGAAAUGAUGAAAAAUAUGCGAUACAAAUUCUGGACAAAGCAGUUUGAACAAAGAGUAGAGUGGUUUAUUGACAAGAUCUCAGAGAGCAAGAAAAAUCAAAACUCCAUUUGUUUCCAGAUUGAAAGUGGAAAAACAGUUUGUGGUUCAUGUUUUCGGUUUCUUUUGAGAAUGAACCGAAAUUUUUACUACACUUAUCUUAGAAUGGCAAAUGAUGGAAAAACUGCUGCUGGGUAUCGGAAUACAAGAGGUUGUGGAAUGGCAAAAGAGGGUGCUAUAGUUUGGCUCCAGAAUUACCAAUUUUUUCAUGCUGACAGAAUGCCAGACAAUGGGGACAUGAUGCUACCAUUCAAGACUAAAAAAAGAGACAUUUACAACAUGUAUGUGGAGGAAAAAAUUGAAUGCUUGGAAAGAUCUGUAAUUGAUGCACUCACAGUCAGUCAGUCUGCAUUUUAUGACAUUUGGAAAAAUGAGUUUCCCCAUUUAAAGAUAAAACAAACCAACUCAUUUUCCAAGUGUUCUACCUGUGUACACAUUGAAAGGGAGCUGGAAAAAACACGUGACCUUUCUAAGAGAACAAAGUUGAAACAAAUGAUGCGUGUCCACAACCAGAGGCAAAUGUGAGUGCUUUAAGAGUGCUUGUAAAUUAAUU